GACUCGGUUGGUCACGAGCGGUGACAUGUUUCGUACCCCCCUAUCAGGACGAGUCUAUUAAAUCUGCAACAGGACGGAAUGUCUGCCACGGUCAUUACCAUUCCGCCAAGUCGCAACCCUUGCCAGUGCCGGUAAUAGUGGUCGUGCAUCGUAGGUAGAUCUUUGAGGAGAUCUCACCUCGGCACCUCCGCAAAACUUACGGACACGAACGUAAAGAAAAGAAAAGAAAAGGAAGGGAAAGAACAGCGAAGGAGAGGAAGACAUGGAAGAAGGAGAAGAAGAAGAAGAAGAAGAAGACGACGACAACGACGACUAACCAGAGCAUGGAGAAGAAAAGAGAAAGAGAAGAAGAAGGAGGUAGAACAAGAGCCGCGGACCUUUUCGAGUCCUUCCAAUUCUCUCGUGACCAUAAAGGUUUUGUUGCAGCCGGAUCGCCGUCGAGUCGAACGUUCCGUUCUCGAAAAAUCGGUGCAAAUGGGAGCCACGUAGAAAAAGAUAUCGAGUGUAUAUCUCACGACAAGUUUAUCACGGUCGGAUAAAACAGUAACUUCGUUCCAAGGUUAGUCGAUAAUCGUGGUCGCUGGUUUUCACCCUACGGGGAUGCCAAGAUGAACGCUGGUCCAAAUUUACGUGAGAUAUUCAAUUACGACUAUUAGCCAACUAUUUGUGAAACAUCGUGAUGACUUCCGAGAUAAAUGGCGAGGCCUCGUGUCUCCAGCGUCUUCACCAAGAAGCUCUCGAUUGUUUAGAAACAUUUCCAAGCAAGAUCAUCGAAUUGAAUGACUUCGUCAACGAGUACAUGCCGGAAUCUGUUAGAGAUAAUAAAUUCAACGAAUCUGCGAUCGAUCGGAAAGUCAAGUGCCAAUCUACGCUUUCCACCGCGAAAAAUUGCGAUCUAAGUAGCAUCUCAGACUUCGGCGUUUCCAGUUACUACUCUCUCUCGAUGUGCGAUCGCAAUCGAUCGCGACAUGGAAUCUGUAAAAGAAAAUACUAUCGAUCGCGAGGUAUAACUGGUUGUAACGUACGUCGAAGACCUGGACCGCUUGGACAACUUUUAGCAUUUAUAGUCAGCAGCUUGGCGACAUGCACAAAGAAAAUCGUCGUUACUCCGUCACAGUACAUCAUGGACAACAUAAUUCCAACAUUCUUUCAAAAGCGAGAGUUGAAAAACGCACAAUGUGGACCGCCGAAUUGGAAUGGCACUCUUUCGACUUACGUGACUACGGUAAAAAAAGACACCACGAUUAUUGGGAAACUUAUCGAUAUCAUGAGACCUGCUGUAGUGAAACUCAUUAACGACACUACGACCUUGAAACGCUGGCUACAAGCAAUUGCUUUGACCGCUACAUCGCCUCCGAUCGAACUAACGAAUGCAACUCGUAACACUGAAACCAUCGACUGUUGGGCUUACGAGCUGUUCUUUCAUCUCAAGUACCUUCAAGUGAAUCGCGGACGACGGACCACCGACAAAGUAAUGGCCGAGGCGGAGUCGAAACCUAACGAUGUGAUUCACGCUAACUUAUGGCACCGAUUAGUACAGCUCCGCGAUAAUUACAUUAUUCUGUACGAGACUUUAAAGAACUACGAUAAAAUUCGUGAUCUCGAUUCGGAGAAACGGCAAGAAUAACAACGUAAUGGCCAGUUACAGCGAAUGUCGAGCGGAGGAAACACAGAUUCGGUUUAAUGCAUCCAUUAAUUCCCUUCGGAUAAGCGAUUUAGACAUUUCGCUCUGUAUAGUUUUCCAAAGAACAUUAAUGCAAACUGUACAGCAGGUUUAACUGGAAUAGAAGGUCCGUCGGUCGAACCUCUCGCCCGUUUGUUUCGACACGAUUCAGCUGACAUGGCACGCUAUUGUAGCUAACAUUUAAACUUCGUGCCAAGGAAGGGAACGCAGGCGCAGGCUACGGAAUUUUUACUUUGCCGAGAUUGCACCACCCGACCUGCAGUCACCAUUCGCUCCAUCGACUUUUUUUCCACCGAGUAAUAGCGUAACCUACUUCACCAGAUAAAACGUCAGACACUUUUUACGGCCAAGUAAUACUAUCGAACGUUAAUAUCUAGGAUC